ACCGAGCAACUGGUGAAUCGUGAAUUGCGAUUUUUGAAUGCCAAACGCGAUGAGUUGUCGAAAAUGAAGCGUCUGUUGCAUAGUUCAAGCCGUGACCUUGAGAAAGUCGAACAGCUCAUCGACAAUGACCAAGUGUCCAACAUCAAGCUAUCGGUAAAAAAGCGGAAAUUGCUGGAGCAAGUGAUCAAACAAGAACAUACAUAUAUUGAAGAAACAAUAGCCACCGAACGACAGCGGCGCGUCACGGAUGGCGUACUCCGGAAGGGUGUUCAGUAUUUGGAAAUGUUUGAGCGAUACAUGAAUGCAUUGAAUGAUGCGGUGGGUGCUGAUCCGGAUGAGCAAAUUUCAAUGAUUGUACCAACCUGUUCUGCCAAUCAUACUGUUUACCUGUGUGAUUUUCAUGCUGAAAAUUUUGGUGAGGUUAUGGCCAGCCAGCGGCGACGAUGGGCAUUGGAACGGGUAAACGCAAUAAUUCAGGAACAUUUGGAACGCAGCCAGCAAGAGCUGAUGCCAAUGUUGCCGUCAGCUAAUGUUGCAAACUUCGGGUAUACGGAGUUUUUGGAAUAUUUAAUAUACAAAAUCGACGAGGCACUGAAAAGUAUUGAUGGAGCACAGAACAGGGCGUAUCACCGAUUACUUCGCUUUCAGCAGAAGUUGAAAGAUAAAAUGGUACGUUGA